AUGUCUUCCAGGCUAAUUUACUGCGCAGGCCCUGCCGGAAAUCUGGAAUUCUACGCAAGCCCUCCGCUCUCGCCUCCGACGCAUCGAGCCCACUUCUUCGAUCCGUUGCGGGGCGGGCCCUCCAGGGACAGGGACCGUCCAGGUGGAAUGGAUGGUGACAAUCAUCAGAGGAAGCAGCAUGAUCCUUCCAAUUAUCCGUCGGUGCCUGGGCUGCCACGGCACGCCGUGCAACAACCACAACUGCCACCUGGUCGCUCAGCAGAGCACUUUCGACGGCCAUCCCUACAGCCAGCACGCCAGGGGGACAUGCCCGUGCCUGCGCACGGGCGAAACGCCCAUCUGCCAGACUACUCGGCGUAUGGAUACACGUCCGAGUCAUCCCUCCAAAGCGGUUCGUUGCAGGGCUCGGGGUUACAAUAUCAGUCGUCAUUCCCUUCAGAGUCAUUGCGCCAGGAGUCACCACCAGAGCAUUCACACCAACGGGAGUCUCAACAGCAACAGCAGCAAUUCUCCCAGUAUGCCCCAAACCUUGUCUACGGCCUCGACCAGCAGGGUCAAGCACAGGCCUCAUAUGAGAUUGCUGUUCCAGCGCCUUACGAACCACGACAAUCUGCAGCCUUGGGAGCUCUGCCCGCCCAGUUUGGCGUUCCACAGUAUUUCACACCUACGGGGCAGGCUGGGUCCGGCGACUCCGGAGUGUAUUUAACUCCGCAGGAGCAGCAGGCAAUGUAUCACCAACAGAAUCCACUUGGCCGCUCGAGUGCGCCAUCCUAUUCAGCCGCGAUGGCCGAUUACAAUCCUAUCGGCGCCACAGAAGGCGUAGAGCAGCAAGAGACAGCUCAAGAAUCAACCAAUCUAGAAGACGCCUACGGCCGAUAUAAGCAAGCUCUGACGACCACCUUUGACUACACGCGGGCGGGGCGAUUGGUCGACGCGAGUCGAUUACUCUUGGAGAUCUCCGAGUGGCUGGUCAGCAACGCGCGCGACUUAGUCUUGACUCCAUCUCUUCUGCUCCCCAACUCUCUUUACUGUGGUGGAGAUUAUAGCCUCUUGCGAGACGAACAAGACCUCCACAAGGAACGGUUGAAACUCUGGGAAAACUUCAACCUCUGCUGGCUUUCCCUGUUUCAGAAACAGAAGGACCUGACUCGGGCUUUCCUGGAGACUGGCCAACAGCAACCAAAUACGAGCAUGCUGACGGUCGAUAUAAUGAAAAAAAUGGGAAAUGACCUCGUCCAGCUGUGCGAUAAGAUGGAGCCGCACGGACUUGUCGACUAUCAAAUUGGGAUAUGGGAGGAAGAAAUACUUAGUGUUUUAACUCAAUGCCUCGAUCUGGUCGAAGGAGGUAGCAAGACGACGCACCCGAUCGUUCCUGACCGUUCCUGA